AUGUGGUCGCUGUCCACACAGAAUCGGACCAAUGUUUUCAUCAAACAAUUCAAUAAACACUGGAAACCAAUACAAAACAACAAAACUAAAAAUGCAAUAAAUAUAUUCCCACUAGUGUUGAAGACCUAUUGGCCAACAAUAUUAUUCAACGCAUGCAUUCAACUGGUGUCCACAUUAUUAACAUUCACUCAACCCCUGAUACUCGACCGACUCAUCACAUUCAUGACACCCAUGACCGACACCACCACCGCAACCGUUGAACCCAUUUGGAGGGGCUAUCUAUACGCCGGCGCUAUGUUUGUGUCGCCAGUGUUGGCAUCGGUGCUGAACGGACAGUACGAUCGUCGGCAGGACCUGUUGCUCAUGAAGAUGAGAUCAAGUGUCACAGCAUUGGGUGCGGCCAAUUUGGUCGGCCUAUCAGUGCUCGUACUGUUGAUACCAUUUAACUCAUUUAUGAUAACCCGUGAGCACCGGUUGUGGGCGAAAAUACUCGAGUUUAAAGACAAAAGAGUGGCCGCCAUUACCGAGAUUAUCAAUCACAUCAAAGUGUUGAAGCUAUACGGCUGGGAACCGGCGUUCAUGAACCGAGUGUUUGGCCACAGGGCUCAGGAGUGCGCAGCGUUGAGCUCAGUAAUGGUGAUCGGCGUCAUUUCUACUGCCAUUGUUAGUGCCACACCAUAUCUGGUUAGUUUAUGCAGUUUUACGGCAUUCCUAUACAUGUCGGACCAGAAUAUUCUGGACCCGAAUAAAGCAUUUGUUUCCCUUUUGUUGUUUAAUAUUUUAAAUGGACCAAUUACAAAAAUACCACCUCUGGUCACUUGCACUAUACUCUGCAGAGUUUCAGUGAAGCGAAUGAAUUCAUUUUUAAACGCUAAUGAAGUGAAUGAGAGUUUUGUUGACCACAAACCCAAUCAAAGGACUCCUAUUAUUGUUAAAAACGGUUCAUUCAAAUGGGAUAACAAUUGCAACGAUUCUGUGCUCAAGAAUAUCAAUAUAGAGAUAGAGAGUCAGUCAUUGGUGGCAGUUGUGGGUCGUGUG